AAGGGAAAAUUCCAGAUUAAUACACAACUUUAAUUAUUAUUUCCAACUUAAUACACAACUUUUAAAAGUGCCCAUUAAAAAACACAAACUAAUUUUUUUUGCUCUUUUAAUAAUUCUACUAAAGCCCAUGUAUCCAUGUUACUUUGGUUCCUUAACGCAAUCAUCAAAACUGUUAACACCGUAACAUACUCGUUAAUUUCUGCUGUUUAGCACUAACCAUGGUUAAUAAACUAACCUUAAGCUUAAAUGAUGUCGAUUUGUUUACCCUUUUAUCCUCUCAAAUCGAAAACCCUAACUUCCUCAAAACUUCUCAUUGAUUUUCACCAAACAAAUCAUCGAUUGCCUGUCGAAAUGUUCGUCAUCGUAGUGUAGACUCAGCGAGAAAGUGACUUACGAAUACAAAGAUGAGUGUCAUUGAUGGUGCUUUGAAGAUGAACAUUCGCUAUGGCGGUUCUAUGUCAUACGGAAAAGAGAAGUUCUCUUACAGUGGUGGAGUUUGUGUUAGAGAUUUGUUUGUUGACCCGGAUCUCUUGACGUGGUCAGUUUUCGAGGAGUUCAUAUCAGACAGAGGAAUCAAAAGUAAGAUAGAGCAGGUUUGGUAUAAGGUAGUGAAAGAAAAUAUCUCUUCGGCUAGAUCGAUAUACACAGACAAAGAUACCGAGAUUAGGAAGUUGUGUAAAGAAACUGAAGCUGUUGGUGAAGUUGAUUUGUACAUUGUCUAUGGUCAGAAUGCGGAUGAAGAGAAGAGUGAGGAUGAGAAGAGUGAGGAUGAAAAUAGAGAGGAGGUCAGUGAUGAAGAAGAAAUGAAUGAGAAUGAAAUUAGAGAAAAACAGGAAAAAGCUGCAAGUGGUCAUCAAUGGGAGGAUAAAGUUGUCUUUGGUUAUUUAUCAAGUUAUUAAGCUUUUUAAAGCUUUUGUCUGCUUAUAUAAACACAAAACAAUACAAAAUCUUGAGAGAAACAAUACGACUAACCACACAAACAAUACCACAAUCAGACAUGACUAACAAGACAAGCACAUAAGAACAACAACUAAUUACUUUAAGCCAUGGACAAUCACAGAAACAACUCCAUUGUCACAAAUGCUGUUAGAAGAUAUUGUUUCUUCUUGAACAAGACACACAAAGCUCUGUUUUUAUGAAAGAAAACAGUAUUACAAAAACUGAUUUUUAUUGAAUAUGAAAAACAACUUGUAGUUUUUACAUUACGGCAACAACGUUUUUUAAUUCUUUCAUGGUCACAAGUUCAGUUUUCUUUAGACCUACAUCCCGAGUUUUGGCUUUGAUCAUCUCUCUCUGUAUCUCUUUCCCUCUCUCUCUGAAUCUCUUUCCUCUCUCUAUUAAUCGAUGAAGAUAAAUUAGGGUUUCAUUUGAGAAUAAUAAGCUUAAGGGUAGUUAGUUUAUUAACCAUGGGUUAGUGCUAAACAGCAGAAAUUAACGAGUAUGUUACGAUGUUGACCGUCUUGAUAAUGGCGUUAACGAGCCAAUGUAAUAUGGAUACACGGGAUUUAGUAGAAGUAUUAAAAGAGCAAAAAAAAAAAAAUAGUUUGUGUUUUGUUCUGGUCAUUCUCAAAAGUUGUGUAUUAAGUUGGAAAUAGUAAUUAAAGUUGUGUAUUAAUAUGGAAUUUUCCCUUAUAUCAAUGCAAGAAUAGUAAUCUGAGAUUAAACUUACAGUUCUAUUUUAGUUUUGUAUCAAGCUCAACAAUCAAUCGUUGGAUCGUGGAGCCGAUAGUUUCUUAUGGCGCAAUGGAGCGGGUCAUUAUGUACCAAAGUUUUCUGUUAAAGCAACUUGGAAUUCUAUUAGGGAGUCCGCCUCCAUUGUGCCUUGGUACUCUCUGGUAUGGUUCAAGGAAGGGAUCCCCAGAUGUUGUUUUCUUACUUGGAUGGUAACUCUUUCAAGGCUGCCUACCAGGGACAGGUUGAGCGCUUGGGGAAUAAAUGUUCCUCUGCAUUGUGUGCUAUGUUCUGAGGGUCUUGAGUCUCAUCAGCAUCUCUUUUUCCAAUGCUCCUUCGUAGCGGGCCUAUGGCAGCACUAUUGUGGCAACUAUGGACUCUCUGUUCCUUCCUCUCUCAAUGCGGUUUCUUCUCUCCUGUCUCUUCGUCAGGUUGGAGACACACCAGGCCUCCGGGUCGUGUUAAAGCUUCUUUUGCAGGCAAUCGCUUACUGCUCUUGGAGGGAACGGAACCUGCGCAUCUUCCAGCAGACCUCUUCGACUGAAGCUGGCGUCAAAGCUCAAGUCCAUCGCCUCCUUCGGGACCGCCUCAUCUCCACCCAGCCUCCGACACCUGCCUCUACUCUGCUGCAGGUUUAUCUCUCGCUACUACCUUCCGGACUGUAAUAGCUUGCUCUUUGUUUCUUUGUCUUGUUGUCUUCUCUUGUUUC